CUACAGAAAUCAAUAAACAAGUAGAUGUAUUAACAGCAAUCAGAUGGAUUAAACACUCGUGGGAACAAGUAAAAGAAUCUACCAUACAACACUGCUUUCGUCACUGUGGUUUUCAUUAUGUUCCAGUACCAGUAGGUGAUCCCUUUUCUGAUUUAGAUGAGGAUGACGAUACUGCUGUACUCAAUGAAAUGAUUCAUGAGCUUCAGCCUGAUGGCAUGUCAGCAAUAGAUUAUGUAAGUGCUGAAGAAGACGUCCCAACUUCUCAAUCUUUUGAAGACAAUGAUAACUGGCGAGAAGAAUUAAGAAGAAUGGUUAUUGAUGACACAGAGACUGACCCUAAAGCGAGUUGUUUGGUAGAGGAAAUCGAUUCAGAAGAGGAGGAUAGUGAUACACCAGAACUGGCUAUAUCAUCAUUACAGGAGGCAAUCAAAGUUGCCAAUGAUUUGAUGCUUUAUUUAACUGACAAGGGACAUGAAGACUUGUCUGACAAAAUGUACACUGUUAUAAACUCCUUGCAGCGUAUUAAAAUAAGUGAAUCUCGACAAACAUCUAUCAUAAACUACUUUACAUAA